UCAUGUUGGUUGGAGGAGAGCCAUCUACAGCUGAUCGAGAGAACCAAGACCAAUUACCAUUCUUAACAAAACCAACACGACCGAGGGCAAAAGAACCAAGCCGGGAGUUGUUUAAUUCAGACACAGUAGCCGGAUGGGAAUAAAGCCAGAUAACUGGAUAAACACAUUUAAAGAAUGGCAUGUAUAAUGACAACCUUUUCAGUCAGCAAUACUGCAACCACAAACCCGAGCACAAACACGAACGCCAAAGGCAUAUCUGAAUUAAUGGCGGGCUCGAAGUCUGUGUGCGUGUCUGUUGAUGAGGUGGUAUCGAAUGGCAUUGGAACCCACCAGACCCCUUUGCUUCAUGACCACCUGAAAAAGACAGACAGCAACCUGACAGAAGCCCAGCGCUUCUCUUACCUGCCCAGGCGGCCGGCAGUCAAUAUCGAGUUUAAGGACCUCUCCUACUCCGUUCCUGAGGGACCGUGGUGGAGGAAGAAAGGCUACAAAACCUUGUUGAAGGGAAUCUCAGGGAACUUCAGCAGUGGACAACUGGUGGCUAUUAUGGGUCCAUCAGGGGCUGGGAAGUCUACUCUCAUGAAUAUUCUUGCUGGUUACAGAGAGACUGGGAUGAAAGGAACAAUCCUGAUUAACGGACAGCCCCGCGGCCUGCGCUCUUUCCGCAAGGUGUCAUGUUACAUCAUGCAAGACGACGUGCUCCUCCCCCACAUCUCCGUCCAGGAAGCCAUGAUGGUCUCCGCUAACCUGAAACUCCAAGAAAAGGAUGAAGGCCGCAGAGAGAUGGUAAAGGAGAUCUUAACAGCUUUGGGUCUGCUUGAAUGCGCCGAAACACGCACAGCCAGCCUCUCGGGAGGGCAGAGGAAACGCCUCGCCAUCGCUCUUGAGCUGGUCAACAACCCGCCCGUCAUGUUUUUUGAUGAGCCAACCAGUGGUCUGGACAGUUCUUCGUGUUUCCAGGUUCUCUCUCUCCUGAAGGCAUUGGCCCAGGGAGGCCGCACCAUCAUCUGUACUAUACACCAGCCUAGCGCCAAACUCUUUGAGCUGUUUGACAAGCUGUAUGUUCUGAGCCAGGGCCAGUGCAUCUACCGGGGGGAGGUUUUCAAUCUAGUCCCUUAUCUUCGGGGGCUUGGCCUGAACUGUCCAACGUAUCACAACCCCGCUGACUUUGUGAUGGAGGUUGCCUCUGGAGAGUACGGAGAGCAGACCUCUCGGCUGGUGAAGGCCAUGCAGGAGAGGAGGUGUGAGGAGGACUACAAGACCGAGGUGAACAGAGAUGGGGCCCUGAACCCCUUCCUCUGGCACAGACCCUCAGAGGAGGACUCGUCCUCUGUGGAAGGAUGCCACAGCUUCUCUGCCAGCUGCCUGACUCAGUUCUGUAUCCUGUUCAAGAGAACCUUCCUCAGCAUCUUGAGGGACUCGGUCCUGACACACCUGCGCAUCACCUCUCACAUUGGGAUCGGCAUCCUGAUUGGUCUGCUCUAUCUGGGCAUCGGCAAUGAGGCUAAGAAGGUGCUGAGUAACUCGGGCUUCCUGUUCUUCUCUGUGCUGUUCCUCAUGUUUGCUGCUCUCAUGCCCACAGUCCUGACAUUCCCUUUGGAGAUGGGAGUCUUCCUUAGAGAACAUCUGAACUACUGGUACAGUCUGAAGGCUUAUUACUUGGCUAAAACCAUGGCUGAUGUACCCUUUCAGAUAAUCUUCCCAGUGUCAUACUGCAGUAUAGUGUACUGGAUGACCUCCCAGCCUGCAGACACCCUGCGCUUUGUGCUCUUCUCAGCACUGGGGACAAUGACCUCACUGGUAGCGCAGUCACUUGGUCUCCUGAUAGGGGCUGCAUCCACCUCUCUGCAGGUAGCGACCUUCGUUGGUCCAGUGACAGCCAUCCCAGUGCUGCUGUUCUCUGGAUUCUUUGUCAGUUUUGAUACCAUCCCCAAAUACCUCCAGUGGCUGUCUUAUAUUUCAUAUGUCAGGUAUGGGUUUGAGGGCAUGAUCUUGUCCAUCUAUGGGCUGGACCGGGAGGAUCUGCACUGCGACGAAGACGACAUGUGCCACUUUCAGAAGUCAAAAGCUAUUCUGAAAGAACUUGAUGUGGAAAACGCCAAACUAUACCUGGACUUCAUUGUGCUAGGGAUCUUCUUUGUCAGCCUUCGUCUCAUUGCUUAUUUUGUCCUGAGGUAUAAAAUCAAGGCAGAGCGAUAAAGCGAGGGGCAGGAAGAGGAGGAAAAAGAAAGACAUUACUCACUUGUUGUCUCACUGCAGCAAAGGGAAGAAAUCCUGUGAUUUUCUAGAGACACAAAACGCAUUGAACUCAUGUACUUGUAAUGUCAGAAACGUCAUUUUAUAUAAAUACUUAUAUAUAUAGAGAGAGAUGAUGACGGGUCACACGAGGUGCAGUGAAUAAGAAGAGAGUAAAUAUUGAAUAAGCUUAUUCAACUCGUAUGUGCUAUAUCCAGCUCUCUGAGUGUAUAUUGAUUGAAGGGAAGCCUUUAGAUUUUCACAGUCAACUUUUCGUUGGAAAAAAACACAUUUAAAAAAGAUAAUUCUACUUAACAUUAAACGUUCUAAAUGGAGCUUGAAAGCUGCUUAAUAUUUCCUGGGGGUAUUCUAAACCUGGCAUAUCACCAAACUGCAAGUGGCAUCCCUGGCUGGUAUAGAGGAUGUUUCUUCAUCCUGCUGUCAAUGAGCUUCAGGGCUGUGCUGCCACCACUGUGUAAUAAGCAGCCUACAACACUGGUUCAUGUGAUGUUUGGAUUAUAAAUUGUGCAUCUAGAACUGCUGCACCUUUUUAUAUGUAUGGCAUGCUAAGAGUUAAAUAAGUAAUAACCAGUGGCUUUAAAAAAAAAUACUCUCCCCCCUCAUCAAGGCAACUAUAUUAUUACAAAGCUGUUGUCAUUUUUUUAGAUUGUUUAGUUUUGCUCAACUUUCUUUUCAGUUGGGCUCCAGGUCAAGUCAGUUUAACUUGCCAUCAGAUUGCAGGUUGAAUCCCUGUGCAGUGGGUAUUGCAACCCCAGCCUGAGCUUUAAGCUUCCUUUACUGAAUGCUGUGCUUGCUGUCAGCUGGGAUCCUGUAUCUGCUGCACAGGGAGUGUGUGCUGUCAUGGCAGGAUCCACGAAAAUCAUUUCUACACAAUCAAGGGUUGGGGAUUUGCUAGAAAGUUGUUAUAAAACCUUGAUUACCCCUUUUAAAUGUUUGAACGGUCCUUUUGUAGACAGUAUUUACCCAUCUCUUUUUCUGUACUCUUUAUCGUCACUUUGCUAAAAACAUUUGAUUGAUACAAAGCAGAGUGGCCAAAUUUACAAAUAAGCACCAGCUGGGUGAACAUUACCAAGAGCUGGCCUCUUUGCUCUUGAUCAGUAUUGUUCAGAUCUCUUUUUAACACUUCAUAAAGACAAGAGUAUAAUAUACAUUUUCUUUAUUUUUUACUUGGAAUAAGACAGGUUUCAGGAAUUACAGUGAAGAUUUUUGUAGGAACCCUUCAUUUCUCGAUUGGUUCUACUGCACGUUUUCUUUUGUGUGAUGAUCUGAUAACUCGCAUGAUGGUUUGCUGUGCCAUGUGUCUGGACUUUUUACAUGAAGGAUUCCCUCCUGCUACUCUGUAUGAUGCACAGACAAAAGAGACUCAGGAGGUCGUCAGAGGAAGCUGUGUCUGGAUUUUAAAUGCACCUCACAGUUGUCAUUUGUGCUGCAUGCCCCUUUCUACUGUGAAUUCUAUUUAUUGUAUUAUCUUUCUUGAACCAGGAGCCAGUGGUGCUAUAUUUGUAUAUUAUAGAAAGAUCUCAGCAAGAGACAAUUAACUUCAGUGUUUCUCUUUCUAACACAGACUGAAGGUUAUAUUUUUUAACCGAAAGGACAAUCUUACUCUUUUGUUGUUUCUGUUUUAUACCGCUAUCUAAAGCCUGUAUGGUGCAUAUUGAUUGGUUAUUAUAAAGUGGUGAUGAGGCCAAUCCCAGAACCAGGUACUAAAUUUGAGUGGUAGUACAGACAGGCGGGCCUGUCUACUGCGAAGCUUAACCUGCUCAGUUAAAUGCAAAAUGUGGACCAGAGUUUGCACUUAGUACCAGCAUGUCAAAUUAUUCUGUUCUCCAAUUUAGCCACGCAUCAUGGGAAAAGACCAGCAACAAAUUUACAUUUAAAUAGCUUAGUGGAUGAAAGAGCCACAAGUAGGCAUCAAAAUGCUAACCAGCAGUUUGUGUUAGCUACUGGAAAAAAAGUUUACACCAAUAAAUAAAGCAAAAAUCAAUGCAAACUUUCUAGAGGAGAUUCAAUUGUAUGCUUAUUGUUCAUGAAUAUGUUGCUUAUUUUGUGUCAUUAUUUGUUAAGGAUUGGAAUUGCUAAAGAAUGUGCUGUUUCAUUUCUAGUAUAAUGUGACUUGUUGCUCCUUGACUUGCACCCUUGUAAAUGCAACGUUGUGUUUGCUUUUGGAUUCUUGUUUGGUAUUAAGAGCCAUUCUGAACCCAGUGAUGGAGCAUACCCGUUUCACUAGGAUGUGGGGCAUUAUAACUGCAAUUCCUUAUUUAUUAGAUUAUAAAAUAAACACAUGUUCUUGCUUUGUACUUUAUAGUUGACUUAAUGUUUUGUAGAGCAAGUGUGCAAUUCUGCUACUUUUUCAGUUUCCAGGUCAUGUUUUCUAUACACUAGAGAAAUAUGUAAAAAUGAAUAAAAUUGCAAUAUUUUCAAACAUCUGGGCACUAGCAGUAGUGCUUUGAGUGUUUAUGCAUGUGUCUGUGUGGGGUGGGGGGUGGGGGGUCUUUAUAAUUUUUCAAUGUGUGUUUACUCACAUCUUUACAUACUGUACAACAGACAUUUUCUUCUAUCAACUGCCUGCCUAUUCAAUAUUUUCCUUACAAUAUCAGAAGACAAGAAAGACACAAGGGAAUGUAUCAUUAAUACAAGUUUAACUAUUUCAAUCGUACACUCUCAAGUCCAAAUGAUAACCUAGUGUGAAACAGUGUUGUGUAAUAGCAUGCAGAGAUGUUGGAAAGGUGUAGCUUUAGAGGGGAUUAUUACAGUUCUAAACAAUGCUUCCCAUUUGUAAUAGCGAUAGCAGCAGUGUACCCAUGCAUUGGUUUUAUAUGUGCACAGGGGUUGUAUGUUCUGCAAUGGCUACAAAAUUGAAAAUAACACCAAUGGCCACAAGCACAUUCUGUAUUUCAUUCCAUCGUUGAGGGGAGCGGCAUGAGACAGGGUGAGAUCCAAACUGGACAAGCUGAAAAAUCUUUUGGUGUUCACUGCCAUUUUCAGAAAUUAGGGGGCAGUAUGUUUGCAUGGACUGCCAAUUAUCUUUUCAUGCUACUCAAGCUUAAUUCUAGAUACAUCCGAUAUUGAGAUGAUACAGCACAGCUUACUCCAGUCUAUAAGGAUCAAACAACUACUCAUAGAAAUGACUGGAGGAAACUCAUUUAAUACACACCCCUUGUUUCUUUUCUACCCUUGUUUUGUACAAGGAGUCCAGGAGAUGACAGUAUGUUUUCUCCCCACUUUGAAACAGGAGAUUCUUACAAUAUUCCAUUCGCCUGUACAUUCGCAGAGAAGGCAAACUGUCUAGAAUUGUAUUUGACUUUAAUUAAUAUGUUUAUUGUACAUACAUUUUAAUUUAUUCCUGGAUGAAUGUAUGUUUUCUUUUCUUUUUUAUAUUGAUUUGCUAUUAUGCGUUCAUUUAAAUAUAAUAUACUAUAGAUUUAAAAUCAACUGCACUGUGUAUACUGAAACUGGAGGGGCAUUUAAAAUGGGAAACAAAUAUUUCAAAAACAGCGUUAACAAAAAUAACAACACCAUCCGACAAGCAGAUAUUGCUCACUGCUUUACUUGAUAACCUGUGUUCAUAAUUUAAACUAGUUUGGCUGCCUCCAAGUUCGCUUGAGACCACUAAAAGCUGUCAGAAUCACAGCCUACACCCACUGAGAUAGGCCACUGAUGAUUCCUUUUACAACAUUUUACAGCAGCAUCACCUGGGGCCAUGUUUUCAAAACUUUUAAUCUGGAUCAAAGUAAUCCGG